CUGGGUUCAGAAGACCUGUCGUAAUAUUCGGCCCUAUUUCAGAUGCUGCCAAUGAAAAACUUGGCAAUGAUCUUCCAGAUGAGUUUAUCAUAGCAAAGACCGAACCGAAAGACGCGGGCUCAGAGAAGUCGUCUGGUGUUGUGAGACUGAAUAUUAUCCGUCAGAUCAUCGAGCAGGAUCGACACGCUCUGCUCGAUGUCACCCCGAAGGCUGUAGACACCCUAAACUACACCCAGUGGUAUCCCAUCGUCAUUUUCCUCAACCCAGACAGUAAGCAGGGGGUGAAGACCAUGAGAAACCGCCUGGCUCCCGGCUCUAACCGCAGUUCACGCAAGCUUUACGAACAAGCAGUUAAACUGCGGAAAACCUGCUCCCACCUGUUCACUGGUUAGUCUGAUGAGUCUUUCCUCAG